AUGGAUGCACCACAACUGGGGCAUAUAAUAAAUGUUUCAGGUAGAUUAAGUUUACCACGCUUAUCUGUUAACAGAAGUCUCGUCAAUAUCGGAAAUACUCCAGUUGGUCCAAACGUAGGUAGGAUUGGAAAACUCAUUGGUGGCCCAAUGGUGGGGGCUGUAAGCGCUUGUGGGGAGGAACCACCAACUCGGGAGGGUGGGCUUCAAGAAUCUUACCAGGCGACAAACAAACUAAUGAUACAAUAUCAGUCAAUAGCCAAGGUUCAUAUUAAUGGCAAACCAGAUGUACUCUUUUCCGCAGACGUCUUCAACAACAACAACAACAACAACAACAGUACCGAUACCACAGCCAAGGGUCAGGCGCUCUCAUCAAGAAGAGUGAAGUGCGAUGAGGCAAAACCAGAUUGUAUGCGAUGUGUUCGAUUUGGACAUAAAUGCGAAGGUUAUGCCUAUCUUCUAAAGUUUGGUGCGAAGCCCAGUGUUGUAACCAACAUCGCGCCUCGAGCGUUGAUACCGAGAAUCGGAUAUCUGCCCAUCAGUCCAUCUACAUCCCCUACUUCUGUAGCUUCAACGACAUCUUCGGUCUUAUCACAACCAGAAAUUCUCGCUUCUCCACCGUCGUUGUGGAGAGACCAGACUGCAGAAACAUGUUUUCGGAAUUUUGUGAGAGAGAUUGCAGGGAGUUCGAGUGACUUUGAAGUUUGGUGGGGACUUAUAUUCUCGGGGUGUCAAUCGUCUUCCCUGAUUUUUGAUGCAGUACACAUGAUUGGGUCUCUCGAUUUGCGACCGAAGAUUCGAGGGAAUCAAAUAGGUACUUUUAGACACAUGUCUGCCUACCACGAAUAUUGCAAUACGAAAUGUUUGACGAAGAAGAGGGCAGUCCCAUAUUCUGAGGGCCCAGGAAUAGGUACGGGGAUUAUUGAAAUUGAUGUGGAUAGCAGAACAACACUCAUCGCCCAUUUGCUUUCUAAUAUGAUGGGCAGGGGUAACGAGGUUAUCAGCCAUGAGAGAGUUUCGACUAUGUAUUUGGGGCUAAGAGCACUCCGCGACUGGGUGACUAGGAUAUAUAUCCCCCAAGCUGCCUAUCUCGAAUCGAUGACGGAAACUGGUUGUUUGAAGUGCUUCAGCAAAGUGGAAUUGAGAAUCUUACGAUACGUAGAUACACAAAUAGAACACGAGAGGAGGACAAGUCUAGGGGAACCAGAUAUCGAAAUGAUGCCGGGCCUAAUUUCAAAUCUCACAGAGGCGAAGAAAGAUCUGGAGAAAGUUAUGAUGAAAAGUAUGGAUUGGUUAGCUUCGACUCUUAAACGACAUGAUUUUUCUGCCCAUAAUAACGAUCAGAAAGACCAUCAUCAAAAUAAUGGACUAUUCUUCGACAUUGACCCCAAAUUAGAGGAAGAGAAGAGAAUGUUGAGGGAAUAUGAACGGUGGAAUCGAUCAUUUUCACCUCUGUUUGAAGACCAUCAAAAGCGAUGCCAGUCUAACGAUAAGUUUCACUGUGAUAAAGAUUCGGACUUAUUGUUAGCAUAUACAUUACGAAUGAGUUGGCUUUCUGGAUACAUUCUAAUCGCCUCGUCUAAUCACCUCGAUCGUCUAGAUAUUAGCGAGGGAAGAUUUUCUGCACAAGUACAGGAAUUAAGGGAUAUUGCCAAGGUAUUACGAUCGACACCUAGUUGGAGGGCGGCUUUAGAAGAAAGCGGAAAUUUUGAACUCGCAACCAUUAUACCAUCUAUGGUUGUAGGCUGGGAAACACGAGAUCGGAACUUGAGAAGGAUUAGCGUUGCUAUGUUGUUGAGGGGCAUGAAGUAUGACUGUUCCAGUACUGGUGGGGCGCGGAGCUUUAUGGGUGCAGUGGGUAGAGUGAUGGAGAGGUUGGUGGAGAUAGAAGAAGAUGAUAAUGAAACAAAUAGUAUGUUGGAGGGGACUAGAGCAUCUAUAACAGAGAAGGAUAGGUGUAAGAAUAUUGAGAUGGGCUUUGAUGCUGCGGCGAUGGUCGCCUUCAUGAGAUGUUCCAAGGCGGAUCCAACAAUACAGGGGCUGGCGGGAUCCGAGAGACGAAGGGAGAUUGUUAUUCAAUGUUAG